AUAUAUCUAUAUAUACGUCGACCACGACAGUCUAGUUCUGAUAACCGCCAUCGCUACCCAGCGGCGACGAACUGCGUGCGAAUGGACGAUGGAUAUGCCUGUAUCGGCAAAGACGUCUGGAUGCAAGCCCGGAAUUCAACCAGCGUCACCCCCGCAACAAGCUGAGAGCAGCAGCCCCAGCAGCCAAACCAGGGUCUUCAAUUGGCUUCCCACCAUUGCUUUCCUCUUCCUCACCUAUAACUCCACAGAGUCAGCCUACCGAUCUCGCCAUGACCUCCCGACGCUGGCCUUCAUAGCAUUCGCCUAUGUCGACUUGGUGAUGCUUCUCUUUUGCCUCAAGCAGUUCGAGAAACUGAGCCCCGAGAGCGCGCCGGCGAAGAGGGAGCAGCUCAAGGCCGCGGUUUGGGUCCUCACGACGGCUCUCAACCUCGCAUUUGCCUGGCGUGUGGCAGAGAUAAUGCCGUGGCUACUAAGUGUCUUGGUCUGGCUGAUGUCAGUGUCGGUAGCUAUUGGGGGGUUUUAUGGGCUCUUCAUCCACCAGGGUGCGAAAGAUAGUGUUGCUGAUGGUCACGGCUAUUCGCUUGUCAAAAAUGCGGAACUUGCUCCUGGAGAAAAGGUCUAAGUCUGCAUGCUCUUGCACUGUAUUUGUGUAGUGCAGUGUGAGGUGUGUUGUGCUCAGUCAUCUAUGUGUGUGUCAUGCGGUAUGGAUUGCAGUUGAUGUCUGGUUAUAGCGUGGACUAUGUAAUAAACAGGUAUUUGACAUGAAAUAAGUCCAGUGGCAUUCUGUGGCCAUCAUCUAAUAACUAUGAUCGAAUUUGUAAUAAUGUGGGUUGCACCCCAAAAUAUGAGGUGGAUUAUAACUCACUGCAUGAAAUUUGAUUGCUGGUUCAA